CCUCCUCUCUAACCGGCCUGAGCAGGGCACAGUGAGCGGGGCACAGUCGAAUUCUCUCCUGAGGACCACCUCUUUCCCACCUGGCAGAGGGGCAAACUCUUAGGACUAAGUGCAGCUCUUGCUCCGCGUCCCCUGCAGGCUCAUAGCAUCACUCCACCUGCAAAGCUGCUGUACCCUCCCCAUCCGCUUCCAGGCGGGACCGAAGACCCCAGUUCCCAGGAGGCGGAGAACUGCCGGGGAGCUGGCGGGUGCUGGCAGCCAGAGUGGGGCAGAUCUCGGGCUGCAGACGCCAGCCAUGGCCUCUGUCCACUCAGAGAGCUGGACCGACGGCGUGGAGGGCUUAGGGACCGACGCUGGGAAUCUGACCUCAGCUCUGGGGGUUGCUCCGGCAGCUGGCUCCAGUGAGGCUGAGUGGAUGCUGGUCCAAGCCGGCAACUUAUCCUCAGCUCUAGGGCUGCCAGUGACUUCCCCGGCGCCCCCCCUGCCCCGGGCCAACCUCACCAACCAGUUCGUGCAGCCGUCCUGGCGCAUCGCGCUCUGGUCCCUGGCUUAUGGUGUGGUGGUGGCUGUGGCGGUCUUUGGAAACCUCAUCGUCAUAUGGAUCAUCCUGGCCCACAAGCGCAUGAGGACUGUCACCAACUAUUUCCUAGUGAACCUCGCUUUUUCCGACGCUUCCAUGGCCGCCUUCAACACCUUGGUCAAUUUCAUCUAUGCGCUUCACGGCGAGUGGUAUUUCGGCGCCAAUUACUGCCGCUUCCAGAACUUCUUUCCUAUAACUGCGGUGUUUGCCAGCAUCUACUCUAUGACCGCCAUUGCGGUGGACAGGUAUAUGGCCAUUAUUGAUCCUUUGAAACCCAGACUGUCUGCCACAGCCACCAAGAUCGUCAUUGGAAGUAUUUGGAUUCUAGCGUUUCUCCUUGCCUUCCCUCAGUGUCUUUAUUCCAAAAUUAAGGUCAUGCCGGGCCGCACCCUUUGCUAUGUGCAGUGGCCAGAAGGUCCCAAGCAACAUUUCACGUAA